AUGGCAAAGGAUUCGCGUGUCCUAGUAUUGAGCCGGAGCACGGUGAAGGCGUCUGUUACCCUUGCGGCGGCACCACGCGUUGUCGCCGUCUUCAACCUCGACCUGCUGCCUCAGAGCAUCCCCAACUCGCUCUUCUGCGUCUACCGUAGGCCCAACGCCGGCGGCGGCUUACGAGACGUGGUCGCAGCCUUCGGGGCCAGCCUACCGUCCCUGCUCGACCACCUCCUCCCCCUGACCGGCCGCAUCGUCGCCGACCCGCGGUCAGGGCGCCCGGAGCUGCUGCACUGCGACAACCAGGGCGCGGAGCUCGUCGUCGGCGAGGUGGGCGUGGCUCUCGCGAGUCUGAACUAUGGCAACCUGGGCGCGUCAUUGGCUGGGAUCGGCGUCCCUGUUCAGUACGAUGCCGCCGUCGCCCUCUCGGUGCAGCUGGUGUCGUUCGCCUGCGGCGGGUUCGCCGUGGCGUGGGCUAGCAACCACAUGCUCCUGGACGGGUACUCGCUGUGCAUGCUCGCCAACGCGUGGUCCGAGCUUGCGCGCUCCGGGGCCGUGUCGGCCGCGCCGAACCAGGACCGCUCGGUGUUCCGCCCACGCGCCCCGCCGUCGUACAGCCCGUCGCUAGGCGAGGCAUUCACGGCGAUGAACAAGGAGCAUCUCGUCAACGCUCUCACAACUGAAAGCUCCUUCGUCCAGCGCACCUACUACGUGGAGGCGCGUGACCUCGAGAAGCUGCGCGCGCAGGCAAGCCGGAGCCGGGCCACCCGCCUCGAGGCGCUGUCCGCGUACCUGUGGAAGGCCUUGGUCGCCGUCGUGGGCUCGUCCGACAAGAGAUGCCGCAUGGGCUGGUGGGUGGACGGGCGGCGCCGUCUUACCGCGUUGUGUAUCUGGCCCCCGUUGCCGCUGCUGUUGCUGCGGUGGCCACCGCUGCACUUGCACUGGCCGGUCCGAUUGAAUAAAAAAAAUAGUACCACACGGCUGGUUUCUAAAUAUGUUACGCAGCUUAAACAGGCUGCUGGUGGGCUACGGAUCGCCGACGACGUUGUCACGAGCCGGUUAGCGCUGGCCCAUCGGGUCUGCUGA